AUGGCAGGGCCCAAAAACGCCGCCUUCGCCGAGGAGUCGGCAGAAGUGGAGGUCCUCCUCGCGUCUCUCACCAAGACCAAGGACCUCACGAAACGCAUAGCCUCAAGCCUCAAUCGGCUGGACUCGAGCGGAAAGAUCGUCCGCGAUGCCAUCGGGCCCAUUUACUCGAAUACACAGCAGCUGCAAACGACAAGCCGGAACAUUGACCGGGUCAAUGAAGCCAUCGAGCGCCUCCGCCAGCCGUUGGACACGCGCGGUCAGGAGGAAACGAUCAUCCGCGCGGGGCCCAAGGCUAGUGGACUGCCUCAGUAUCUGAGCGCGUUAAAACGCGUGGAUAAGGCACUGGGCGAUAUGGCCAGUACGAACCUGAGGUCGAAUCAGGCUGCCAUCAGCGAGUACCAUGGGCUGCUGACCACGGGCGUAAAUCAGCUGCAGGAUUUGUACAGGGGCAUGCUGCAGGAGGACGUGACGACUGUGGAACCGCUACAUUACAUUACCAAGAAUCUACCGUUUCCGACUAUUCCGCAGGAGAGGGUGCAGAUGCUGGGCCAAGUUGCGGGCGCGAUUGCUAGUGCGAGCGCUCAGGCGGCGAAACUGGGCCAGAGGGAUGAGGACGUUGCGGCCAAGUUCUAUGCAGAGAUCAGAGGCGAAUAUUUGAACAAGUCUCUGCAAAACCUCGCGACUGGGAGUAUAUCGACCGUGAAGGUGAAGAAGGACGACUCAAAGGUCUACAAACAGGGCGACAGCGGCAUCUCCGCCUAUGCUCAAGGAUUGGAGGGCAUGAUUCUCGCCGAGCACGAGAACACUUCACGCAUCUUCCGCAACGAGUCCCCUCGGAUGCUCUCUCAGACCUGCGCGCCAGCACUGGCGACCUUUUCUCGCACGCUCACCGACCUUAAUCGGCACAUCAAAUCCCGUCUGCUCACCGACUGCUUCCUAUCGUACGAGAUCCUCGAACUCAUCACUCCCCUCUCCUACCGCCUAGAGUCUCGCACCAAUGCCUUACGCCCACAAUUCUCCGAUGCCUUGCGCCCCAUCCGCGACGUCGCGCGCUCCUCGCUCAGUGAGAUCUUGACCCAAACGCGCUCGAGCGCCGAAGCCACCCCAUCACUACCACCAGACGGCAGCCCCAUUGCCUUCGUCAAUCAAACCUGCCUCCGCCUACAAGCCUUCUCCACCUUCGACCGCCCCGUCCUCACGCUCCUGUCCUCCCUCGGCGACGGCGGCUGGCGAUCCAACACCAGCACCGGCGCCUCCCCGUCAACCCUCUCGCUCGAACUCACCCCCUCGACCGAGAACCCCACUCUACUCUCACACUACCUCCUCGACGUGCUCACCGCGCUCCUCGACCCCCUCGUCUCGCGCGCCACCACCCUCCACCGCUCCAAGCCCCUCCAAGGCAUCUUUCUCCUCAACUGCACCGCCCUCCUCUCCCGCGCCAUCACCACGCACCCGGACCUCGCGCGCUACCUCUCCAUCACCCCGCACUCCACCAAGCUCGACGGCUACCGCAAGACCGCCGCGAGCCUGUACCUCUCGGCGUGGCGCGAACCCUCCGCGCACCUCCUCGACACCAUCAGCACCUCGUCGUCCGCGGGUGGCAAAGCCGGCGGGCCCAACACGCGCAACAGCGGCGCCCUCGACAGCACGCAGAUCGUCAAGAGCCUAAACUCCAAAGACAAAGACAAGAUCAAGGAAAAAUUCAAGGCCUUCAACGCCAGCUUUGAGGAGCUCGUCGCCCGCCACAAGAGCAUGUACAUGGAGAAGGAGGUGAAGGGGGCCAUGGCUCGCGAGGUCACCGCCAUGAUCGAGCCGCUGUACGCGAGGUUUUGGGAUCGGUAUCGCGAGGUGGAUAAGGGGAAGGGGAAGUGUGUCAAGUAUAGCAAAGGGGAGUUGAGUGCGGUGUUGGCGGGGUUGUGA